AUUUCUUUCAAGCAGAUGGCUCGCGUAAAUUCAGUAGUGCGUGAUAUUUCGUACAGCGCGGUCAGAGUAGAAACGGGAACCAACGGAUAGACAGAUGAAGACGAGCGAGGGUGAAAGAACGAGCGAAAGGGCAGUGGGAUAGACAGGAAAGCCGCUCGCGCUUCUUUUGGCAGAGGCUGGAUAGGCCUAGUGGCUAUGAACCAUGGUUCGGUGACAGCUGAAUGGCACGGUGGUUCCCCGAGGCCAUUCUGAACUACCCACGAAACUCGUGUCGGGGUGUUCUGUGGCUACGCCGUGUCAUGGCGACAUAACGUCGCCGCCUACUGCGUGAUUGACAUAAAUGUCCUGCUGGAGUUACCUUCAUCGAAAGGUGCUCGGUUCCUGACAUCCAUCGUGUGCAUUGACCUCUUCAGCUAUUUGGUGGUACCAAGGUGUGUACUUACAAACGCCCCAUGAGUGCAAAAGCGGGUGCGAGCAGCCGCUUGCGCCGUCGGUCGGUGAUCGCGGUAUUUUGGAAGGCCGCACGUCGUCUUCGGCACGACCAAGAUGUAGCCAGUGGAGCAAUGGCGUAGGCCGUGACCUGGCCAACAGGUGGAUCUUAUGCUACUCCAAGGGAGUGCGGCUUUACGUUGGUGCUUUCGCCGAUGAGAUCAUGUUUCGGGUCGUCGAGGGGCAGCAGGGCGUAACGCGCGUCUAUCGGGUUAGCACCAACGAGCUCGUCUGCACCGUGAAGGAGAAAAGUACUACGUGCAAGACCAAUGGCCCACUGCCGUAUCCGUCCCGCCUGCGCAGUCCUCGCCGAAGCGCUCCUUACACCAACAACGGCAAGGUGCCCGAGCUGAGCAAGGAGCGCUUCUUGUCUCUGCUCGAAUUGCAGCCCAUCAGCGGCGUGUGCGGUCCGCGGGCCGUGGUCGAACGCCUGCCAGCUGAUUGCGACGGUGGCGAGUGGCCCGGUGCCCAGGCGGCCGUCGCCAACUACAGCAAGUACUGCUGCUCGCGAGGGCGUCUGCACGCGCUGAUGCUGCCGUCGUUGUCCUACCCUGUUGUUUACCGUGCCGCGAGACAGCAUCGUUACCUGGGUCACCAGUACAGCUUUAACAAGCGCGAGCGCUGGAAGCGCAUGCGUGAACUCCGCACUGGUCUGAGCCGCCGGGCUCUGCACCAGCUGGACAGGUGCAAAGAUCUGUGUGUCACGGUGCGCCGUCUGACGCCGUCGGAGGUGGCGCUUUGGACGAAAGGUCACAUGCGACUGGGUAGGACUCCUCUGCGGGAGCUUCCCAGCUUCUUGCGGCCCGUGCGUUGUGUGCUUCCGGACGUGGUGCAACUGAACGCGCUCAAGGCGGCCAAGCUGGCCAUGUGUGUUUUUGGCGUCCGCGACCGCCGAACACGGCCCGGCGCGCUUACGCUGUCACAGGCUUCUUCACCGCUAUUCUGAAGGCGGCGCCGCUACUUCUUGCUCAUGUUCUCGGGACAAUAUGGUAUUUUAAUCUUGCCAAAGGUUCAGUGCUCGGGCAAAGAGCAGAUAUUCUUCCAUGCAUAUUGUACUUAUAUGCAGCUGUUGAUGUGUCACACCUUUCAUACUUCGUCAUAAAAAAAAAAAUGUUGAUACAGAGUAGCAUGUGCAAAUAUCUGCCUUGAAAAAUGAUGGAGUGCGUGCUGCACAUUACGUGCACUGUGCCACAUUUUAAGUCUUGCUUUUGCAGCCAUGCACUCAAGUUUUAGUUCUUUUGUUAUUAUUUUUUUCUCUCUCUGCUGCUACCCCUAGCAGCCCAUACAUGAGAAGCCUUUUGCAAUGACAUGGUUAAUACAUGUAGCCAACUGUCGGGAUUGGAACAUUGUUUUAGUUGCAAAAUAUCAAGUGCAGCAUGAAGCGUAAAGCAACUGGCCCUGUCUCUGCAAAAGUUAUUGCACACAAAUGGAGCAGUGUUUGACUGUAUACCACUCCUGACUGUUGCUGGUUGUAGAUGCUUAAGAUAGUGAUAACAGUACCAGACAUAUCUGUCAGCUUUGCAGCCUCUUGUGGAACUGUUAUUUAAUGUGUGUAUGAGGUCCUUGAUUAUCAAGCCACAAGAGUAUUUAUGUGUGGUACAGUUAGUGGUUUUAAAAAAAAUGAGGUCAUGGCUUUACCUUCUGUUGGGUUGAAAUAACUUAUUGCACACGCAGAACAGUGUUAGGUUAUGACAGCAUACCAUGUUGGCGUUCAUUUCUCCAGUGAGUAGCUGCAUUUGUGACCAGAGGCAAUAUGCGAUUCUGUGUUGGUCUGCAAAUAAUUGAAUGAAUGACGUUAAAAAAAAUGUGGCUUUCUGCUUCUUUCCAACAUUAAAAAAAAAAAGGUUAGCUGGCACGUUACACCCUCGUUGGCUUAUCUCCGUUUAUUUUGAUUGAGCAGUUGCAUUGAGUGCAGUCAUCUUUGCUUUCGUGCGAGGAAUGCUUGAAACUUGUGAUUGCACUGUCUGUGGAUCUUAGAGUGUGUGAGUGAACAGUACAUUGGUGCUGUAUAAUAAGAAGCUUACUCUGUUUAAUACAAAAUGCUGUGAGGUUUCGAGCACACAAGCGCAGUGUGCUUUUUAAGGACAGCACGGGAGAUCAGUGGGGUUAUUUGCUAAGCUCUUUCUUAAGGUGGACAAUCACUUUAUUUACAUUUGAAAGGACUGUAUCAGUCCAUGAAACAAACUUGCAAACCCUCUCCAUCCUUUGCAUGAGAGCCAUCCUUCCGACUCAGCUGAUCUGGCUAGCCAUAAUAAAUUCUUUUUUAUUUACCGA